AUGAAAACAGUGUUUAAUCGUUUGAUCCGGUUCCAGACCUCUGACGGCGGAAUCUUGUUUGGAGAAGCACCCGAAAACUUCGACAGAAUCGAGGGAAAAGAUGUGGUGACAUACGAUGGAGAUGAGCUCUCGAAUCUGACAGGCAGCAACAAGACUGCGAGAGUGGUGAAGGUACUAAGCCCGCUUGCAACCACGCCUAUAAUCUACGGCAUUGGAUUGAAUUACAAGAAUCAUCUGGCCGAGACCGGACUACCGACUCCGAAGUACCCAGUGUACUUCUCAAAGCCACCAGAUGCUCUCGCUGGACCAUUCGAAGACAUUCCGAUCCCACCAUGCGUGCGCAAGCUCGACUAUGAAGGCGAGCUUACGUUCGUCAUUGGGAGAGAUUGCAAGGAUCUGGAGGAAAAUCAUGACCCCGCUGAUUAUAUCUUGGGUUACAUGUGCGGAAAUGACGUUAGCGGACGAGAAUGGCAAACACAGGACGCAGCCGGAGGACAACAUCAUGUGGCCAAGUCUUUCGAUAGCUUUGCGCCGGUAGGUCCAAUUCUGGCGUCCUGUCAAGUGAUUCCCGAUGCCAUGAAUCUGCAGCUUGAAACCAGAGUGAAUGGUGAAGUGCGACAGACGACCAACACAAACGAUCUUUUGUUUUCUAUCACUGAUAUCUUGGUCAACUUGACACGAGGAAAGACAGUCCGCAAAGGCACUGUUGUCAUGACGGGAACGCCAGGCGGAGUGGCUGCUUUCAUGAAACCACCUGCGUGGGUAGAAGAUGGUGGUGUGGUGGAGGUCCGCAUUGAAGGGUUGGGUACACUUCGAAACAAGCAUGUCUUUGUGUAG